AUGGCACCGUACGAGGUAUUGUAUGGAAGGAAAUACAAAACGCCUUUAUGUUGGUACAUGUUUGGAGAGACAAUUCUGUAUGCCUCUAACCUAGUUCAAAGGCAGAACGAUCAAAUCAAGAUGAUCAGGGAGAAGAUCAAGGUUUCUCAAGAUAGACAAAAAAGUUACUAUGAUGGUUGGAGGAAACCUUUAGAAUUUCAAGUAGGAGACUAUGUGUUUUUAAAGGUUUCACCCACCGCUGGAGUUGGUAAAGCCUUAAAAUCCAGAAAGUUGUUACCUAAGUUUAUUGGAUCCCUCAAAAUCUUGCAAAAGGUUGGCUCAGUAGCUUACCGAAUUGCCUUGCCACCUAGUCUUUCAAAUAUGCAUUCAGUCUUUCAUGUGUCCCAACUCAAAAAAUACAUUCUGGAUCAAUCUCAUGUGAUCGAACUUAAUCUUGUCCAAGUUCAAGAGAACCUCUCUUAUGAUGUAUUUUCGGUGAAGAUUGCCGAUCGCCAAGUCAAGCAGGUAAGGGGUAAAGAGAUAUCUCUAGUGAAAGUAAUAUGGAGUACAAAUGAUGAAUAA